AUUACGAUGGCACACAGUACUUGUGUAAGAGGAAGACCAGGAAACCCGGCGGGGCAAAAGUUCUUUUUUAAGGGACUAAGAAUGGAGGACCCAGAGGACACCCGGCUUGAGGAAAUGCUGAUGUGCCCGGUGUGCCAGGAGAUCUUUAAGGACCCCCGGCAGCUGCCCUGUGGGCACAGCCUGUGUCUGGACUGUUUGGAGAACAUGUUGGCCCACUCCCCCGACACCCCCUUCCGCUGCCCGGACUGCAGGGCAGCCUUUGGGCCGGACAUCGGGGUGCAGAAGAGCUACGCACUAAGCAACAUUGCAGACGACUUCAGGUUGCGGAAGAUGAUAACGGAAAAGCAGACAAAGUGCGUGUACUGCGACUGCUGCCCAGAAAGGGGCAGCCUGGCCUGCAAAACGUGUCUGAAGUGCGAAGUGUCGCUGUGCAAAGUGCACGUUAAGGACCACCUCAAGAUGCCGGCCUUCACGGGACACCCCCUGGUGUCCCCCCUCAGCGACCUCCGGGAGAGGAAGUGCCAGCAGCACAGGGACGAGGUGCUCAAGUUCUACUGCAACGCCUCCAGGCGCUACAUCUGCAACAUGUGCGCCCUGGAGAGCAAGCGGCAGAGCGGGGCCGCCGACGCCUCUAGCCUGCUGCAGAGGCAGCUCACUGAGUACAUGGACGAGCAUUUCAAAAUGCUUCAGAACCAAAUCACAACGUCCCUCAGUGCUGCCAAACCUGAAAAGCCGAAGGUCAACCCCCCAGACUCCCACUUCAACUGUGUCACUGUGAUCCUGCUCUUUCUUUGGAUUAUAAAUCUGUGUUAUGCGUACAAUUACUCCGUGAAGAACCAAAUGCUGUCGGAGGCGCUGGAGCAGCAGGAGAGCCACGUGCGCCACAUUUAUUCCACCAUCGCUAGCAGGAUCGCGCUCACUUCCGCUCACAUCAAGACGGUCAAAGAGUUACUGGGUGAUCAUCCCCUGGAGAGCCUCAUACCUCCAGAUUUUGAAGAGACAAUCAACCUUCAAGGGACAGACGUGCCCGAGGGCCCAGAGAGCCAAGAGUGCCAAGAGAGCCCCGAGAACCCAGAGAGCCCUGAGAGCCCGUGA